AUGCGACUGGGAGGUGGUUCAAGCUCUCCCACCCAACCAACCAGUGCUUCCAGCAGCUCGACAGGAUCUGGUUCUCCCCAUCUUUCAAACUUCAACCAACCCCACAACUUUCCGCCCUUGACGUAUCCUGGCCCACAUGUACCUACUCCGCAAUACCCCUACCCAAAUACACAACAGCAAAACCCAGCUCUUGACGCGUUUAAUACACAAGCCUUCAAGCAAGCAGCCGCAACAGUAGCUGCACACAAAAACGUUCUCAAUCACCCCCAAACACCAUCAGCAUUUAUGCCACCAUCCACCUCCGCCAUGCAACUGACUCCAACGGGGGCAUCAUCUCUAGCCUUUGAUCCCUUUAUCGCUGCCAGAGAAAGCCGCACCAGCCGUAUUGCCUCAACCUUUCCAGCAAACACAAACAAGGCUAAGCGAGGACGAAUGGCUGGUGGAACAGUCUCCACCCGACCACGAGGCCGAAUCAAUUCAGACACACCUGCUUACAAUGCUUCUAGUCCGGUCAUCACUGUCCUCUGUGGAUUCGAGACUUUCAAGGCUUCCAAAUGGGCCAAACAAAAGCCACUCUCAGUCUCUCGCACGCUUGAUAUUUACCGUCCUGAAGCGUAUGAAGACUUGCAAUUGGAUCUUUGGACUCAUUUCCAUAAUGUGUUUGUCCCAAACGACAUGAUUGACAGCCUUGACCCAGCCGCCUUUGCUUUCACCACUUUGGGCAGUCAAAAUGGCUCAGUAACCAACACCGAUCUUCAAUGGUGGUUCUCACAACACAAAGCCACGUUGAAACAUCCUAAGAUUGGUCAAUCUAGCGAGUCACUAGCUUUACUAUAUACCACCACCGACAACAUGGUCAAAGGACUUGAAAGUUUUGGACGGUCUACUGAACCCUCGCUGGUAUACACACGCCGUGCCAUUGAUUGGAUCCCUGGCUUGCAAUGGACAGUUGUGGAUGAUGGUAACACAAUCAAAUCUGACUUCACUGCCUACCGCUGGAGCUCGGACAUUGAAAAAAAUGGACGCACUCACUAUGUCAGGUCAAUUGAUAUAUGGAAUCCAGAUGGCCCCAUGAAAUUUAUCAGCAAGUCCGCAAUCAUCAAUUACUUUAAUCUUCGCAUUGUAGCAACUACAAACACCUCGCGUCUUUACACUGCAGUCCAAAUCCUGCUUCGAGAUUUUGUUGCAUAUGCAAAAACUAUCCCUGGUCUAACAAACAACAUUGAACUGUAUAAAACCAUUCUUAACUUGCGUCUGGUGGAGCACACCAUCAUCAGCUCUGAAUUGCAAAAUGAAGACAAUGAAUUCAUCAGAUUCCCAGAUACCUUGGAAGAUGAUGAAUCAGAUAAUGGAGGCCCAAAAGACGUCAUUAAAGGUCAGCAAUUUGUGACCAAACUACGUGGGUCUGGUUCAGUAGUUACCAAUCCUCAGAUCCACGAUAUAAAUCCAGCAAAUGUCUGGGGAAGCAGGAACGGCCGAGCUGCAGCUGUUGCACUCAUGACUGACCAGCACAAAUGUCUCCUUGGAUGCCAACUACUUCAACUUCCAAAGCUUAUCCGAAUCCCUGUCCAACCACCCCAGGUUGAUCUUAUAUGGCAACACGCACUGAACUUACCCAACGGUGAGAAAGUCACUCACGGUCAUGUUGACCUUCCCACCUAUUUGUCUGCAUCAGCUCGGCCAGUUGCCCGCACCGCUCCUGCACCCCCUCAGAUUCUUUUCUGUCAGAUUCUUUUCUGA